GCGCCUGGCGUGGGGAGAGAUGCCCCGCCUCCUGGCUCAUAUAAAGCCUCGAGCUUCUCCUCGCGAGAUACUCCGUGCUCAUGCUCGCGGCCGGGGUCGGAGGUCAGGGCGAGCGUCUGGCGGCCAAAAGGAAGAAGAUGGCGGUCGAGUCGCGCGUUACCCAGGAGGAAAUUAAGAAGGAGCCAGAGAAGCCAAUCGACCGCGAGAAGACAUGUCCGCUGCUGCUGCGGGUCUUCACCACCAACAAUGGCCGCCACCACCGCAUGGAUGAGUUCUCCCGCGGCAACGUCCCGUCCAGCGAGCUGCAGAUCUACACCUGGAUGGAUGCAACUUUGAAAGAACUGACUAGUUUGGUAAAAGAAGUCUACCCAGAAGCUAGAAAGAAGGGUACACACUUCAAUUUCGCAAUUGUUUUUAUGGAUCUUAAAAGACCUGGCUAUCGAGUUAAGGAGAUCGGCAGCACCAUGUCUGGCAGAAAGGGGACGGAUGAUUCUAUGACUCUGCAGUCACAGAAGUUCCAAAUAGGUGAUUACCUGGACAUUGCGAUUACCCCUCCAAAUCGAGCACCACCUCCUUCAGGGCGUAUUAGACCAUAUUAAAUAUUAUUUACUUUCCCAAAUUUAUUUUUCACCCAGCUAUGUAAAAUAAACUUAUACUUUCUUCCUCCCCUGAUUUUUGCCAUUAAGCCUUUAAAUUCUAAAAAAAUUGUAAUGCAUCUAUUUAAGUUAGAUUUGGUGUACUGUGGUAUGAAUAUUAAUUAGAAAGUCUGUAUUUCAAGCCCUUCUGUAAACUACGAAGGAGAGUGCUCUUAGCUUUCUGUGAAAAACUAUAAAGUGUAUGUGUGCAAUCA